AUUCAGUUCAGAGAGAAGGUACUAUGGACAGCCAUCACUCUGUUCAUAUUCCUGGUGUGCUGCCAGAUUCCACUCUUUGGUAUCAUGUCAUCAGACUCAGCAGAUCCUUUUUAUUGGAUAAGAGUCAUUCUUGCUUCCAACAGAGGUACUUUGAUGGAGUUGGGUAUCUCGCCCAUCGUUACCUCUGGACUUAUCAUGCAGCUGCUGGCUGGAGCUAAAAUCAUUGAGGUUGGAGACACACCUAAAGAUAGAGCAUUGUUUAAUGGAGCCCAGAAACUUUUUGGAAUGAUCAUUACUAUUGGUCAGGCUGUUGUGUAUGUGAUGACUGGCAUGUAUGGAGACCCGUCAGAAAUGGGAGCUGGUAUUUGUCUGCUUAUAAUCAUUCAGUUGUUUGUAGCAGGUUUAGUCGUGCUGCUGCUGGAUGAGCUGUUACAAAAGGGCUAUGGUCUGGGCUCCGGUAUCUCUCUCUUCAUCGCCACCAACAUUUGUGAAACUAUUAUUUGGAAAGCCUUUAGCCCAACCACAGUCAACACAGGCAGAGGCACAGAAUUUGAAGGAGCAGUUAUUGCUCUGUUCCACUUGCUGGCUACGCGUACAGAUAAAGUACGAGCUUUGAGAGAGGCCUUCUACAGACAGAACCUGCCCAACUUCAUGAACCUCAUUGCUACUAUCUUUGUUUUUGCUGUGGUCAUAUACUUCCAGGGUUUCAGAGUUGAUUUACCCAUCAAGUCUGCUCGUUACCGUGGCCAGUACAACACAUAUCCCAUCAAGCUUUUUUACACCUCCAACAUUCCCAUCAUCCUGCAGUCUGCUCUGGUGUCCAACCUCUAUGUCAUCUCUCAGAUGCUUUCUACCCGCUUCGGUGGCAACUUUUUGGUCAGCCUGCUGGGUACCUGGUCUGACACCACAACUGGAGGACCAGCUCGUGCUUACCCUGUAGGUGGUCUUUGUUACUACCUCUCCCCUCCAGAGUCAUUUGGCUUGGUCCUAGAGGACCCAAUCCAAGCCAUCAUCUACAUCAUCUUUAUGCUGGGUUCUUGUGCCUUUUUCUCCAAGACUUGGAUCGAGGUGUCUGGAUCUUCUGCUAAGGAUGUUGCAAAACAGCUCAAAGAACAGCAGAUGGUAAUGAGGGGAUUCAGAGACUCAUCCAUGGUGCAUGAACUUAACAGGUACAUCCCAACAGCUGCAGCGUUCGGAGGACUGUGCAUAGGUGGCCUGUCAGUAAUGGCCGAUUUCUUGGGCGCCAUCGGCUCUGGAACAGGAAUCUUGCUGGCUGUCACCAUCAUCUACCAAUACUUUGAGAUCUUUGUAAAAGAACAAAGUGAAGUUGGCAGUAUGGGUGCUUUGCUUUUCUAGAAAAUUUUCCAGGGAUGUUACAGACUGGCACAGUUUUUAUAUAACUUUUUAUAAAAUGGACACAAUCAGUGCAUUUAUACAGUGCAUUUCUUCCCUUUCCAAAGCCCUGCACAUUUAAGAUGCAGUUUUUUGUUUGUAUUUGGCAGCGGAAGCUUCCAGGUAUUCAGCAUUGGAAGUUUUUGUCCUGGUCCUCAGCUCAGCUCUGUUCAGCUAGAACACAACCUGCUGUGUCAAUCAAAGUACUGAUGGUUAAAAGCCCACAUGGUCAAGACUGUGGAACUGACUGAACCAGUGAUGUCAAAGUGUGCAAUGUAUUUGUAGUUUGUGAACCCAAGGUUUAAAGCUGUGUGUGUGUGUGUGUGUGUGUGUGUGUGUGUGUGUGUGUGUGUGUGUGUGUGUGUGUGUGUGUGUGAGGGAGA